CAAAGGUCAGCUAAAGUUUGGCUGAUAAACAGAACCAGUACAAGAUGGUCUUCAGCCCCCCAGCGUGAGUACAAUGGACCCUGGCAAGCCCUGCUCCCGGCCAGGGUCUCCAGCUCUCCACGUCUGCCCCUCAUGCUCACCCUCUCUCGCUUUUCCCCCCCUCCCCACGACCAUUUGCAUCUUGCCGAAAGCCGGGCCCUCCCCGCUAAUUUGCAUAUCUUAUAUGGCCUAAUGGUGGCGAUCAUGGCAAGUUAGAAGUUUUCUGACUCCUCUCGGAGGAGACUCCGGGACCCCGGGGAGUAACAGGUGUCUGGAGGCUGAAGGGUGGGGGGGUUCCUGGACUUGGGGUUCGCUUGUGAAACUCCCCUCCACCCUCCUCUCUCGCACCCACCUACCCCCUCACCCCCUUCUUUUUCUGUCCUUGGAAAAUGGUGUCCAAGCUCACGUCGCUCCAGCAAGAACUCCUGAGCGCCCUGCUGAGCUCCGGGGUCACCAAGGAGGUGCUGGUCCAGGCCUUAGAGGAGUUGCUGCCAUCCCCGAGUUUCGGGGUGAAGCUGGAGACGCUGCCCCUGUCCCCCGGGAACGGGGCCGACCCCGACACCAAGCCAGUCUUCCAUACGCUCACCAACGGCCACGCCAAGGGCCGCUUGUCUGGGGACGAGGGCUCCGAGGACGGGGACGACUAUGACACCCCUCCCAUCCUCAAGGAGCUGCAGGCGCUCAACACCGAGGAGGCGGCGGAGCAGCGGGCGGAGGUGGACCGGAUGCUCAGCGAGGACCCCUGGAGGGCUGCGAAAAUGAUCAAGGGCUACAUGCAGCAACACAACAUCCCCCAGAGGGAAGUGGUCGAUGUCACAGGUCUCAACCAGUCCCACCUCUCUCAGCAUCUCAACAAAGGCACCCCCAUGAAGACCCAGAAGCGCGCAGCCCUCUACACCUGGUACGUCCGAAAGCAACGAGAGAUCCUCCGACAGUUCAACCAGACAGUCCAGAGUUCUGGAAAUAUGACAGACAAAAGCAGUCAGGAUCAGCUGCUAUUUCUCUUUCCAGAGUUCAGUCAACAGAGCCAGGGGCCUGGGCAGUCCGAUGACGCCUGCUCUGAGCCCGCCAACAAGAAGAUGCGUCGCAACCGGUUCAAAUGGGGGCCCGCGUCCCAGCAAAUCUUGUACCAGGCCUACGACCGGCAAAAGAACCCCAGCAAGGAAGAGAGGGAGGCCUUAGUGGAGGAGUGCAACAGGGCAGAAUGUCUGCAGCGAGGCGUCUCCCCCUCCAAAGCCCACGGCCUGGGCUCCAACCUGGUCACUGAGGUCCGUGUCUACAACUGGUUUGCAAACCGCAGGAAGGAGGAGGCGUUCCGGCAGAAGCUGGCCAUGGACGCCUACAGCUCCAACCAGACGCACAAUCUGAACCCCCUGCUCUCCCACGGCUCUCCCCACCACCAGCCCAGCGCCUCUCCUCCAAAUAAGCUGUCAGGCGUCCGCUACAGCCAGCCGGGGAACAGUGAGGUCACUUCCGCCUCAACAAUCAGCCACCAUGGCAACAGCGCCAUGGUGACCAGCCAGUCUGUUUUACAGCAAGUCUCUCCAGCCAGUCUGGACCCUGGCCACAAUCUCCUCUCACCUGAUGGUAAAAUGCAGAUCUCCGUCUCCGGAGGUGGUUUGCCCCCUGUCAGCACCUUGACGAAUAUCCACAGCCUGUCCCACCAUAAUCCCCAGCAAUCUCAAAACCUCAUCAUGACGCCCCUCUCCGGAGUCAUGGCCAUUGCACAAAGCCUCAACACCUCCCAAGCACAGAGCGUCCCCGUCAUCAACAGUGUGGCCGGCAGCCUGGCAGCCCUGCAGCCUGUCCAGUUCUCCCAGCAACUGCACAACCCUCACCAGCAGCCCCUCAUGCAGCAGAGCCCCGGCAGCCACAUGACCCAGCAGCCCUUCAUGGCAGCCGUGACUCAGCUGCAGAACUCCCACAUGCCCCCUCCAAGCCUGGUGAUGCCCACCCAUCACUUACUUUGUGCACAGCAACAAGGACCCUAUUUGCCACACCGUCCGCCUCCAGGCAGCUGUCACGGAAAAGGCCAGUGGCCUGACAGGCACCUUCGAGAGAGGUCCCUGCCUACCUGACAUUCCGCUGGCGUCUCGGACAGACAAGGACAGCCGGCUGGGAGGCACAGCCCAGAGUGCGGCUUCCCUCCCCUUCUAUGCAGUAUUGUCGCCAUGUCUCUCCCAAGAUGUCCAGGACUCCUAUCCGGCCCACGGGUGGGAGCCGAGAAACCACGGAGGAGGAAGAGAGAAAGCUGUCAUGUCUACGUUGCGCUCCCUCGUCGAACAAACCGAUGCGAAAAACUUGAACCUGUUACUGAAAUGAGGAGGACACGUGCUAUUGAACUGAGCCAAACACACUGUAAAUAUCAGCAGCCUCCCGCCCCCUACCCCAUCCCAGCUGAUCUUGAGAUUUCUUUUGAAGAAGUAAAUUUCUCCAAUGGGUGUAAACUAUAACCUAAUGUAAUUAAGUGCAAUUGCCCCUCCGCUUCCUCCCCGCCCACCCUGUAUAUAAUACUAAAGUGUCUGUUAGUUCUCUUUGUAAAGGUCGGAGUUGAAUCUUCCAAGUGAUUGGCCCCCUUCCCCGCCCCCCCCCCAUGGAGAAAUAGCCUGAGUCGGGAGUGAAAGCUCCUCCCCCUUUCCCUCCGGCCUGGACACACACCGGGACCGUGUCUGUGGGACUGACCGCCAGCUAACGCCGGCCUCCUGUUGUGAAGACACGCCUCUGGAUCCUGGAGGGGCAGCACAUGGUGUCAGACUGAUACCCUAGCUUCCGGCAGGGCUGGGGGUUCAGCCAGUCCACCACCAAGAUGCCGCAAGGCAGGAAAACUGGCUGCUUGAUAGCACAAGAAAGCAUUACUCUCUCCGAAAGCCUCCCAUUAAAACUAUUUUAUCACUG